CCGAAUUCCACUCCCGAUCCCAGGAUGCCUAUCUUCCAUAAAAAGUUCAGCAUACCGAAGCUGCCCUCACGCAAGGCCUCGAGUAUGACGAAUCUGAGCCAACUGGAUGCCAGCACGCGAAGCAAGGAGUUCGGUCUGGAAUAUGGUGUCGUCAAGGCCCGGUUGAGUGGUCGCAGUUUGGUCUUUGACAAGGGCAAAUGGAUUGUCGGUACGUGGCGUGUACUUUUUCCCUGUCCCCGUGGGACCUUUUUUACCUGCUAG